AAACCCACCACCCUCAUUCUCUCACUUCUUUCAAACGUAGACCACCUUCUUCAAACCACGACACGUCCACCAAAUCAUCACGUCCUACAAUCACGUCCCUUCUAACAUCAAAUAUCGUCGUGAGGCACCUCCGCAGCAUUAAUUUAUAUCUUCAAAGAGCCCCAGCAGGCUCAGGCCGGCAGCAUGGCGCCCUCGCGCACUCGCAAUGUUCCUUCUGAGGAGCCUUCGACCGAAGAUACGUCCAUGGCCGACGCUUCUGACGUGAAUGGUAACGCGAACGGCAAUGGCGCGAAUGAUUUUCAAGACACACCGGACUACACGGACUCAGAUAUGGACCCGAACACUUCAGCCAGUAGUAUAGCUGGGGAUACCGAUGGGCGCAAGAGGCGCUCAGAAGCUUUCCAGCUGCGAAAGAGUAUGUUUGGAAAAAAGCACAAUCGCUUGAAUGAAUCCAAGGAAGAUGACUCGGUACGACGCUUUCGCUAUCUCCUUGGACUUACUGAUCUAUUCCGUCACUUCAUUGACACGAAUCCCAAUCCGCGCAUCAAAGAGAUUAUGGCGGAAAUUGAUCGACAAGACGAAGAGAAGGAGAGAAAGGCCAAGAAGGCUGCUAGCCGCAAGGGAGGAGCCGCGGGGACCAAGCGGAAAACCGAAGCUGAAGAAGACGCACAGCUUAUACACGACGAAAAGCAUGGCAUUUCCCGUGAAGGCACGACAUUUCGUGAAUCGCCUGGAUACAUCAAGGGUGGCAAGAUGCGAGACUACCAAGUUGCAGGUCUGAACUGGCUGAUCUCACUCCAUGAGAAUGGUAUCUCAGGGAUUCUUGCAGACGAAAUGGGUUUGGGUAAAACACUUCAGACAAUCUCCUUCAUAGGAUACCUUCGCUUCAUGUGCGACAUUAAGGGGCCGCAUCUCGUUGCAGUACCGAAGUCGACUCUCGAUAAUUGGGCUCGCGAAUUCGCGAAAUGGAUUCCCGAAGUCCACGUUCUGGUUCUCCAGGGAGCGAAAGAUGAGCGCGCCCAACUGAUCGCUGAUCGAUUGACUCCCGAGGAUUUCGAUGUUUGCAUCACGAGUUACGAGAUGAUUCUCCGAGAGAAGACUCACCUUAAAAAGAUUGCAUGGGAAUAUAUCAUUAUUGAUGAGGCGCAUCGUAUUAAGAACGAAAGAUCGUCCCUGGCCGAGAUCAUCCGUGUAUUCAACUCCCGCAACAGACUGCUUAUCACUGGUACUCCAUUGCAAAAUAACUUGCACGAGUUGUGGGCUUUGCUCAACUUCCUCUUGCCCGAUGUCUUUGGCGAUGCUGAGGCUUUCGACGAAUGGUUCUCGGGGCAGGGCUCAGAUUCGGAUACCGUAGUACAGCAGCUACACAAGGUGCUGCGACCUUUCCUUCUUCGUCGGGUCAAGAGUGACGUAGAAAAAAGCCUUCUCCCGAAGAAGGAAAUCAAUCUUUACAUCGGCAUGUCGGAGAUGCAAGUCAAGUGGUACAAGAAGAUACUGGAAAAAGACAUCGACGCUGUCAACGGAGCUGGUGGGAAGAAGGAGUCGAAAACUCGCCUUCUGAAUAUCGUCAUGCAACUUCGCAAGUGUUGUAAUCACCCCUACUUAUUCGAUGGUGCUGAGCCAACACCAUUCACCACCGGGGAGCAUCUUGUACAGAACGCUGCCAAGAUGGUUAUGCUUGACAGACUUCUGGUUCGCAUGAAGGCACAGGGUAGUCGUGUCCUCAUCUUCUCUCAGAUGAGCCGAUUGCUAGACAUCCUCGAGGAUUACUCCAUCAUGCGCGAGUUCAAAUACUGUCGUAUCGAUGGUUCUACUGCUCAUGAAGACCGUAUCUCGGCCAUUGACGAGUACAACAAAAAAGACUCUGAGAAGUUCUUGUUCCUUCUCACUACUCGCGCAGGUGGCUUGGGUAUCAACUUGACGUCGGCUGAUAUCGUGGUUCUCUUCGACAGCGAUUGGAAUCCUCAAGCCGACCUCCAAGCCAUGGAUCGUGCUCAUAGGAUUGGUCAGACAAAGCAAGUAGUCGUCUACAGGUUUGUAACCGAGAAUGCCAUCGAAGAAAAGGUUUUGGAACGAGCGGCACAGAAACUACGAUUGGACCAGCUAGUCAUUCAACAAGGCCGAGCCGAAGCGAAGCAAAGCAAAGCUGCGGGCAAGGAUGAGCUCCUCAGUAUGAUUCAGCAUGGUGCCGAGAAAGUUUUUGAAUCUCAAGGCGCCACUGGCGCCCUGAGUGGCAAGGGCGACCUCACAGAUGAUGAUAUGGAGGCUAUCCUAAGACGAGGUGAAGAGCGUACCGCCGAACUGAACGCCAAAUACGAAAAACUCGGCCUUGAUGACCUACAAAACUUUACAUCCGAGUCAGCUUACGAGUGGAAUGGUGAAAGCUUUGUACCUCAGAAAAAGAAGGACAAUGGAGUGAUUGCAUGGAUUCACCCUGCGAAGCGCGAACGCAAAGAACAGUCUUAUUCCAUGGAUAAGUAUUACAGACAGGCUUUGAUGACUGGUGGGCGUACAGCCGACACGAGGCCAAGGAUACCUCGUGCGCCCAAGCAAACUACGACGCAUGACUAUCAAUUCUUCGACCCAAGACUCAAUGAGCUACAGGAGAAGGAGACGGCUUUCUACCGGAAGGAGAACAACCUGAAAGCUCCGCUUGAUGAAGGCGAGGACGACACAUUGGAAGAGCGGGAGAAUAACCAACAGCUCGCCCAGCUGGAGAUCGACGAAGCUGAACCACUGACCGAAGAAGAGAAGGCCGAGAAAGAGAGACUCGUUGAAGAAGGUUUCCCGGAAUGGAAUCGACGUGAUUUUCAACAGUUCAUCAAUGGAUCGGCCAAGUACGGUCGUGACAAUUAUACUGGUAUCUCAAAUGAGGUGGAUGGGAAAGACGCCGACCAGAUCAAGGCGUAUGCAAAAGUUUUCUGGAAGAGAUACACAGAGAUCGAUGGUUACGAGAAAAACAUUGCGACCAUCGAAACCGGAGAGGAACAUAUUCGCAAGACCGAAUUCCAACGUAAGAUGCUUCGAAAGAAGAUAGGCAUGUACAGGGCUCCUCUCCAGCAACUUCGAAUCCAGUACGGCACACCAGCGACAACCAAGAAGGUGUAUACCGAAGAAGAAGACCGCUUUCUUCUUGUGAUGCUGGACAAGUACGGCGUCGACACUGAACACAUCCACGAAAACAUCCGUAACGAGAUCCGGGAGUCGCCUCUAUUCCGUUUUGACUGGUUCAUGCUCAGUAGGAAUACAUCAGAAAUCAGUCGGCGUUGUACCACACUACUGAGUACGAUUGUAAAAGAGUUUGCAGGCAACGACAGCAAGCUCCUCAAUGGCUUCGGCAAGAAGAGGGCGAUCGAAGAAGAUGAGGACGAGGACGAGGACGUCCCAGCGAAGAAGCGGGCGAAAAAUGGCGUACAAAACAAACACCUUGAUAUCAACAAAAAGGGCAGCAAAGGCACGUCAGCUGCUACUUCCCGUGCUGUGAGCGUAGCAUCAACAGGAUCCGCUGGGGCAAGAGGCAAGGCUACGCCGCAAGGCAAGUCUACACCUCAGGGCAGGUCUACACCCAAGAUCAAAACCAAGAGCAGGAAGGGCAGGUGAGUGAGUUGUCAUCCUAUUGAUGUGGGAAGUUUAUGGGCAUCACCGGUGUUCUGGCGCACACUGUCAUGGGACGAUGUAUCAUUCUCGUCCCACCUUUCAAAGACAUUUUGAUUCAAAUCAUGGGGAUUGGUGUGGGAAUGCAGCGUGUAAGCAGCGUUCAAGUAGACCAGUUCGGCUCGGAGCGCUUCUUAGGGGGCGUUUGAAACUACACGUACGGCAGGCAAUAAGACACUAGAUGACGUGUCUUCCUCCAUGUGCAGAAAGAUAGACGUCUUCAUUUUCCGAGUUACAAUAUAGUUGAAGUGCUACUGAUU